AUGACGCUCACAGAGAUCCAGACGGACACGACGAACAAGACGAGCUGGGGCAAGCCGUUCCGCAUCGCAGCCAGCACGAAGGCCCGCCUCCUGGCCGCUGGAAUCGACCUGUCGGGGGGAUACCCCGUCAACGACCCCGUGCGCAUCCAGGACCUCGAGUCCGCGCGCGCGUGGAACGGCCCGGGGUGGGAACAUGAUGAGCGGGGCGCGCACGCCGACCGCAGCAAGGCGGCGCUGUUUGGCGCCGCGGAGAAGGUCAUCACGCUGAGCCCAAACAUUGGGACCGAGAUCGUUGGGCUGCAGCUUGCCGACCUGACCGACACGCAGAAGGACGAGCUGGCCCUCCUCAUCGCGGAGCGCGGCGUCGUCUUCUUCCGCGACCAGAAGCUGUCCCCGCAGGCCCAGCUCGCCCUCGGCGCAUACUAUGGUAAACCGGACAUCCACCCCGUCGGCGCGUACGUCCCCGGCCUGAAGGGCGUGUCCGUCAUCACGAACGAGUUUGCGCGCACCAACCCCGGCGAAGCAGACUUUCGCUCCCCGCUCGGCUCGUACCACUGGCACAUUGACAUCGGGUACGAGGAGCAGCCGCCGGGGAUCACGCACCUGCACUUGGACGCCGUGCCCGAGACGGGCGGGGACACUUAUGUGCGUUGUGGCAGGGGCUCGCGUGCUGACGAACGGCAGUGGGCCUCCGGGUACACGGCGUACGACAAGCUGUCCCCCGCGCUCCAGGUGUUCGUCGACGGCCUCGAGGCACUCCACCGCAGCCUGCACCAGUACGAGGACCCCGCGAACCCGACCGGACCCAAGGUGCCCGUCAUCACAGCGCACCCGCUCGUGCGCGUGCACCCCGCCACGGGGUGGAAGGCGCUCUUUAUCGACCGCCGGUUCACGGUCGGCAUCAAGGGCUUCACGCACGAGGACGGCGAGGCGUUGUUGAACCAUCUGUUCAACAUCUACGAGACGUCGCGCGACGCGCAGCUUCGGUUCCGGUGGACGCCGGGAACUUCCGCGCUGUGGGACAACCGCAUCACUAUCCACUCGGCGGUGCACGACUACGACGACGACGAGCAUGCCGAGCCGCGGCACGGCACGCGCGUGUCGAGCCUCGCCGAGCGCCCUGUUCCCGUUUUGCCCGGCGUCGGUGCCAGCCGCCGCCACGCCCUCGGCCUCAGCCCUGGCAAGGUUGUAGAAGUGCGUCCGAGGUUCUAGCACUGUGUACAUACGCGGCGCGAGUCGCGCGGUUGCAGGGCGUGGCGCCGUGGGUGGCGGUGUGGCGCGAGGGGUACUGUCGGC